GGAGGAAGAUCAGGAGGAGGAGGAAGAAGAGGAAAAAAGAGAAAAAGAAGAAAUAUCACAGAAAAAAAAAAAACUCUUCGUUGUCUUGCCUGGGCUUUUUUUCUCCCCCUAAAAAAUAACAUAUUGGAGAAUUGGGAGAAGUCUUUUUGGUUUGGAAAAAAAAAAAAAAGGAAUCUUCAGCCUAGAUCACUUUCUUAUCCGGACUGGGAUAUUAAAUAUACGACACAUCCAGGAGUUUAUUGGAGCGCAGACUGAUGGCGCAAAGGUACGAUGAGCUGCCCCAUUACGGCGGGAUGGACGGAGUAGGGGUGCCUGCUUCCAUGUACGGAGACCCUCACGCGCCGCGGCCGAUCCCCCCGGUUCACCACCUGAACCACGGGCCGCCGCUCCACGCCACGCAGCACUACGGCGCGCACGCCCCGCACCCCAAUGUCAUGCCGGCCAGCAUGGGAUCCGCUGUCAACGACGCCUUGAAGCGGGACAAGGACGCGAUCUAUGGGCACCCGUUGUUUCCUCUGUUAGCUCUGGUCUUUGAGAAGUGCGAGCUGGCGACCUGCACUCCCCGGGAACCCGGAGUGGCCGGCGGAGACGUCUGCUCCUCCGACUCCUUCAACGAGGACAUCGCGGUCUUCGCCAAGCAGGUUCGCGCCGAAAAGCCACUUUUUUCCUCGAAUCCAGAGCUGGACAACUUGAUGAUACAAGCAAUACAAGUACUAAGGUUUCAUCUUUUGGAGUUAGAAAAGGUCCACGAACUGUGUGAUAACUUCUGCCAUCGGUACAUUAGCUGUUUGAAGGGGAAAAUGCCCAUCGACCUUGUCAUCGAUGAAAGAGACGGCAGCUCCAAGUCAGAUCACGAAGAACUUUCAGGCUCCUCUACAAAUCUCGCUGACCAUAAUCCUGCAUCCUGGCGAGAUCACGAUGAUGCAACCUCAACCCACUCAGCAGGCACCCCAGGGCCCUCCAGUGGGGGCCAUGCUUCCCAGAGUGGAGACAACAGCAGUGAACAAGGGGAUGGUUUAGACAACAGUGUAGCUUCACCUGGCACAGGUGACGAUGACGAUCCAGACAAGGACAAAAAACGCCAGAAGAAGAGAGGCAUUUUCCCCAAAGUAGCAACAAAUAUCAUGAGAGCAUGGCUCUUCCAACAUCUCACACAUCCGUACCCUUCCGAAGAGCAGAAGAAACAGUUAGCGCAAGACACAGGACUUACAAUUCUCCAAGUAAACAACUGGUUUAUUAAUGCCAGAAGAAGAAUAGUACAGCCCAUGAUUGACCAGUCAAAUCGAGCAGGCAAGUUCCAACCAGUAUCUACAUUCAUGUCCCAUAGGCACAAAUCCUCAUCAAGUCAUACUCUAGGAGUUUCAUCACCUGGUUUUCUUCUUGAUCCUUCAGUGAGCCAAGGAGCAGCAUAUAGUCCAGAGGGUCAGCCCAUGGGGAGCUUUGUGUUGGAUGGUCAGCAACACAUGGGAAUCCGGCCUGCAGGUUUGCAGAGCAUGCCAGGGGACUACGUUUCUCAGGGUGGUCCUAUGGGAAUGAGUAUGGCACAGCCAAGUUACACUCCUCCCCAGAUGACCCCACACCCUACUCAAUUAAGACAUGGACCCCCAAUGCAUUCAUAUUUGCCAAGUCAUCCCCACCACCCAGCCAUGAUGAUGCACGGAGGACCCCCUACCCACCCUGGAAUGACUAUGUCAGCACAGAGUCCCACAGUAUUAAAUUCUGUAGAUCCCAAUGUUGGCGGACAGGUCAUGGACAUUCAUGCCCAGUAGUAUAAGGGAACUCAAGGGAAAAGGAAACACACGCAAAAACUAUUUUAGGACUUUCUGAACUUUGACCAGAUGUUGACACUUCAUAUGAAAUUCCAGACAGCUGUGAUUAUUUUUUACUUUUGUCAUUUUUCAUCAAGCAACAGAGGACCAAGGAGACCAGAACACAAAUGUGAAACCAUGGGCUCACUGAGACGAUUCUGUCCAUGUAAAGAUCCUCUGGAAAAAGACUCCGAGAGUUAUAACUACUGUAGUAUAAACAUAGGAACUAAGUUAAACCUUGUACAUUUCUGUUGAUCACUCCGUUAUGUUGCCUCAAAUAGUUUUAGAAGAGAAAAAAAAAAUAUAUCCUUGUUUUCCACACUAUGUGUGUUGUUCCCAAAAGAAUGACUGUUUUGGUUCAUCAGUGAAUUCACUAUCCAGGAGAGACUGUGGUCUAUUUUAAACCUGUUGGGCCAAUGAGAAAAGAAGCACGCCGGAGACCAUGGUGAACGUCUGGCUGAACCUCAUCCCUUGGACUCCAGCUUCCAGAAUGUGUUUUCAUGCCCGGCCUUUGUUCCUCCAGAAAUGUGUCCUUUAGUUUCCAACAGAUCUUUAUAGUUUGUGCUUCAUAAGCCAAUUCUUCUUAUUAUUUUGGGGGACUCUUCUUCAAAGAGCUUGCCAGUGAAGAUUUAAAGACGGAGCAGGAGCUUCUUCCAAGAGUUCUAAGCCUUGGCUGUGGACAAAACAAUCUCAAGUUGGGCAGCUUUCCUCAACACAAGAAAGUUAUUAAUGGUCAUAGCACCACAACUAGGACUUUAUCAGGAACUCAAAGCUUGGAGGAGAAAAAGGAGCAAGAGAAUACUGUAACAAACUUCGUACAGAGUUCAGUCUAUUAAUUGUUUCAUGUUAGAUAUUCUAUGUGUUUACCUCAAUUGAAAAAAAAAAAAGAAUGUUUUUGCUAGUAUCAGAUCUGCUGUGGAAUUGGUAUUGUAUGUCCAUGAAUUCUUUUCUCAGCACGUGUUCCUCACUAGAAGAAAAUGCUGUUACCUUUAAGCUUUGUCAAAUUUACAUUAAAAUACUUGUAUGAGGACUGUGACGUUAUGUUAAAAAAAAAAAAGGUGUUAAGUCACAAAAUGCGGUAAUAAAUAUUUCAUUUUUGAUUUUU